AUGCAUGCGAAGAAGCAUAUCCCAUCAGAGCCACACUGGGUAUUUUGCUACACUAUGCUCCACAAGAUCUCCAGAAGUUUCUCUCUCCUCAUUCAAGAACUCCAUACAGAUCUUCGUGGCCCAGUAUGCGUUUACUAUUUGGUUCUUCGAGCACUGGACACUGUUGAGGAUGAUACAAGCAUAGCUACGGACGUUAAAAUACACAUCCUAAUGGAUUUUUAUCGUCACCUACAUGACACUGAAUGGCAUUUUUCAUGUGGUACGAAUGACCAUAAAGUUCUUAUGGAUGAUUUCCAUCACGUUUCCACUGCUUUUCUGGAGCUUGGAAGAAGUUAUCAGGAGGCAAUCGAGGAUAUUACCAGGAGAAUGGGUGCAGGAAUGGCAAAAUUUAUAUGCAAUGAGGUAGAAACAAUUGACGAUUAUAAUGAAUAUUGUUACUACGUGUCUGGACUUGUGGGAUCGGGGUUGUUAAAUCUAUUUCGUACUUCUGGAAGAGAAUAUUUGGCUCCUGAUACUCUGUCCAAUUCGAUGGGUUUAUUUCUUCAGAAACCGCAUGUUAUCACAGGCUACCUGGAGGACAUUAACAGGAUACCAGAGUCGCAUAUGUUCUGGCCUCGUCAGAUAUGGAGUAAAUAUGUCAACAAACUAGAGGACUUCAAAUACGAGGAAAACUCGAUCAAGGCAGUACAGUGCCUGAAUGACAUGGUCACAGAUGCUUUGAUACAUGUAGAAGAUUGCCUGAAGUGCAUGUCAUUAUUUCAAGAUCCAGUUAUCUUCCGUGUGUGCGCAAUUCCACAGAUCAUGGCUAUCGGGACACUGGCUUUGUGCUACAACAACAUUCAGCUCUUCAGGGGUGUCGUGAAAAUGAGAGACGGUCUUGCUGCUAAAGUUUACGACCGAACCAAAACAAUGUCAGAUGUCUAUGGGGCUUUUUAUGAUUUCUCUUGCACGCUCAAGUCUAAGAUUAACGACAAUGAUCCUAAUGCUUGCAAAACAAAGGAGAGGCUAGAAGCAAUCUUGAAAAUUUGCCAGAACUCUGGAUCCUUGAACAAAUGGAAAUCAUACAUUAUUGUAUAG